CCCUCCGGAGCCAGCGGUCCCGUUCUGGGCUCGUCCGGGAUCGCCCCUGGGGAGCCGGACGAAGUGGACAAGUUUAAAGCGAAGUUCCUGACUGCCUGGAACAACGUCAAGUACGGUUGGGCAGUCAAAAGCCGGACCAGCUUUAGCAAGCUCUCCAGCGUCCACCUCUGUGGCCGCCGCUACCGAUUCGAGACUGAGGGUGACAUCCAGCGUUUCCAGCGGGACUUCGUGUCCCGCCUGUGGCUCACAUACCGCAGGGACUUCCCGCCCCUUGCUGGGGGCUAUCUGACCUCGGACUGUGGCUGGGGCUGCAUGUUACGCAGUGGGCAGAUGAUGCUGGCACAGGGCCUCUUGCUGCAUUUCCUGCCCAGAGACUGGAUGUGGGUCAAGGGCGUGGGCCUGGACCCCCCUGAGCCAUCAAGAUUGGCCUCUCCCUACUGGCACCAUGGGCCUGCCUGCUGGAUACCCCCUCACUGGACCCAGGGCUCCCCUGAGCUGGAGCAGGAACGCCGGCACCGACAGAUUGUGUCCUGGUUUGCCGACCACCCUAAAGCCCCCUUCGGCCUACACCAACUGGUGGAGCUUGGGCAGAGCUCAGGCAAGAAGGCGGGUGACUGGUAUGGGCCAUCUCUCGUGGCACAUAUACUCAGGAAAGCUGUGGAGAGCUGCUCAGAGGUCACCCACCUGGUGGUGUAUGUUUCUCAGGACUGCACAGUGUACAAGGCGGACGUGGCACGCCUUGUGGCCAGGCCAGACCCCACAGCCGAGUGGAAGUCUGUGGUCAUCCUGGUGCCUGUGCGGCUGGGUGGUGAGACUCUCAACCCGGUGUACGUGCCCUGUGUGAAGGAACUCCUACGUUCAGAGCUGUGCUUAGGCAUCAUGGGGGGCAAGCCACGGCACUCGCUGUACUUCAUCGGCUACCAGGAUGACUUCCUUCUCUACCUGGACCCCCACUACUGCCAGCCCACUGUGGACGUCAGCCAGGCUAACUUCCCCCUGGAGUCUUUCCAUUGCACCUCGCCCCGCAAGAUGGCCUUCACCAAAAUGGACCCAAGCUGUACAGUGGGGUUCUAUGCUGGGGACAGGAAGGAGUUUGAGACACUGUGUUCAGAGCUGACCAGGGUCCUCAGCUCCUCCUCGGCGACAGAGCGGUACCCCAUGUUCACCCUGGCCGAGGGCCACGCUCAGGACCACAACCUGGACAACUUCUCCUCCCAGCUCUCCCAGCCAGCUCAGCAGCUUCCUCGAGCUGGGCGGCUCCUCAAGGCCAAGCGCCCAAGCUCCGAGGACUUUGUGUUUUUAUAAAGGGACAGGAUGGGGGAGAAGAUGGGACAGACACUAUUUAUUUUUUUAUGUCACGCUGGGUGUGGG